AUGGACGGUGUACCGGGAGUCUCACAGUUCCCCGUUCCGCCAGGAGGGAACUUCACCUACCGAUUCUCUGUCAAGGAUGAGUACGGCUUCUACUGGUACCACUCACACUUCCGAGCGUACUAUAGCGACGCCACACGCGGCCCCUUGAUGAUCCACCCGUCUCCGUCACGACGUCGGCCUUUCGAGGAACUUGCCAGCAGCAACGACGAACUGAGUGCCCUCCUACAAGCCGAACGCGAUGCGGCCCCUGUCCUUCUGACAGACUGGUAUCAUCGUUUGUCAGACGAGGUGUUUGCGCAAUACUUUGAGACCGGUGCCUUUCCCAAUUGUGUCGAUAGUCUCUUGGCUAAUGGAUACGGGAGAGUGCAGUGUCUGCCAGAUUACAUCCUUCAGGCCGGGGCUGGAUUGGGAAUCGAGACCCUGGUUGCCGCCGAUCCGCAUGAUCCUGCUCCUACACCUAUGGAUUCUAUGGAUGCUAUGCCAACGGGCUCUAUGUCGAUGGAUCCGACCUCAAUGGAUUCCAUGUCGAUGGAUUCCAUGUCGAUGGAUUCUAUGACGAUGGAUUCUAUGACAACGGAUUCUAUGACAACGGAUUCUAUGACAAUGGAGAUGCAUAGCAUGCGACAGAGAGCGGCCACAGAAGACUCUGCAAUGCCAGGUAUGGAGACAAGCGGAGGGAUGAUAUCCAGUCUUUCUGUCACGGCCUCCGCAACAGUAUCACAGCCUCCAACCGAACCAAGCGUCAUGUCGACAAUGAUGCCCAUGUCCAGCAUGUCGAGCAUGUCUGACAUGGGGUCAUCUCCACUGGGUCCUCAUGGUUGCACGCCACCGAUGAUGUUCAAGCCAGGCUACAACCUCACGUCUCUUCCGCCCGAAACUUGCACCAACACAACCUCGUCGCUGCUGACGAUACCCGCAAACUAUUCUCAGGGCUGGCUCGCUCUUAAUCUUGUCAACGCGGCUUCAGUCAGCAGAAUGAGUGUCUCAGUAGAUGCGCACUCGAUGUUCGUGUAUGCUGCCGACGGGCUCUUCGUAGCGUUGCAGGAGGUCAAGGUGCUUCAUAUUUCGAUUGGCCAACGUUAUUCAGUCAUGAUCAAACUCAACCAACAACCUGGGGACUACUUCCUUCGAUUCGCAUCUUACCCGCUCGGUGACAUGCAACAAGUCAUCGAAGGACAGGCUAUCGUGUCGUACAACGUCGAGGCUACCAACGAUACCAAUCUGAGUAAUGUUCGCUUCGAUGAAGCCUCGACUUGGAUGCUCACGAACGGGUCCGCGAAGCUAAACGCCUCAGAACUUGAUGUGACGCUGCUUGCUGCGUUCGAUGGCAACAUCCCCCCCAGCACACCGGCUGAUACAACUCUGUCCUUUAUGAUAAACCAGACAGACAUUGUGACAUGGGUGGUGGACGGUUCUCCCUACUUGGAGCCAGAAAGACCUAUCCUCUACGGCAACGCAUCUGAUGGGUGGAACGCAAACACAACGUACCACUUGCCAUCGAACUCGACUGUUGAUAUCAUCAUGAAUAUAGCAAACGACUCUUUGGAUAUGGGACACCCAAUGCACCUUCACGGACACAAAUUCUGGCAUCUCGGUUCCGGUAACGGCACGUUUCCGUACGAUUCUCUCCUAGACGCACCCCAAUCUCUCAUCAACCUGCGAAACCCGCCCUACAGAGACACCAUCGAUCUUCCGCCAUCCGGGUGGGCCGUUAUCCGGUACGUGACCGAUAAUCCGGGAGCAUGGCUAUUCCACUGCCACAUCCAAUGGCAUCUUGUGGGAACGUGGCAGAGCGGUAUGGCGUUGGUUCUCAUGGAAGGCGAUGAACAGCUUCCUGGGAUAAUCGGCGCCCGCGUCAAUACAACCAUGACACAGCCACCUAGCGCGGGCAGUACCACGGCUGGUGCCGCUUCCGCAUAUACACUACAUAGUUACUUGGCUCACCUGGUUGCUGCUGCCCUUGGUGUCGUCCUUUCCUUUUAUUAG